AUGUCUCCCAACAAAAGCAAGAACGACAAACGGGUAUCUGUGCGUCCUCCCGCACAUCCAGUACCACAGCUGCAGAAACCGUUCGAGGAGUCAAUGAUCGAAACCAUCAACCAACAGCUGCAGGAAGACGUCCCGACUGACGCGCUGACCAGAAGGUCUAUGCUCCUCGAAGCGCCCACGUAUGAGCGAGUAAUUGCUGGCAGAUGGAAACAGAAACCUGGUGAACGAUACCAUCCCUUGUGGAAACUGGUGGCCCAAAUGUCUUUCGGGAUGCAUCUGUUGGCAGAGAACAUGGCCAUAUCGGAAGAGGAGGUAAUGAGGAUAUUACAAGCUCAUGUCGACGAUAUUGACGGAUUCCUGGAGCGCACCACCGAUGAUUUCAAUCUUGCCCAAAGUGACAUUCACGAAAGAAUCCGAUGUCUGAAAUUACCUCUGGCACAUGGGCAUGUCUUUGACCGCAUGUUGGAGGAUCGCGCCUUUCGGGCAUCCAUUCUAGAGGGUAACGAAAAGAUCGAUCAUGUCAUCAGCCGAACCAAGAAGGCUGCAAAGGAUGCUUUGAAGGACGUCCAGAAAGGCUUCGACGCGACCAAUGUGUUGGAGAAGUAUUUGACGAAACUCAACACCACUUGGAGAAGGGAAUCUCCGGAGCAUGAGGCUGUUCUCGUCGCUAUGCUGGGAAACGCGGAAGGCUGGCGCCGGGCGUUCCUGGAGCUACACCUUCAAGGUAACAAAUUGGCAGGCUCUCUUUCAAAGCUCGCCGAAAUCGUCGCUGAGAUGGAGCAAAGGGCAGCCACGGUCAGCAGGAACAUUCUUGCUAAGACCCAGCGGUCUUCACAACAGCCUGGUCGGACACACCGUUCCCAAGGAGUCACUGUGACCAGCCAGAAGCCUUUACCAACCGAACCCGUACGGCACCUAUCGACACAGCCUUCCUCGCGGAGUCCGCGGACGACUGGGAUCACCACACAACCCAACAGCGGACGCAACUCCAGUCGAGGCUUGGCCUCUCAUUCACUAUCUGCGAGUACACAGUCUCCACGGUCUCCCGAAGGCAGGAGGGAUCCCAGACCAGAUGUUGGUCAGCGGACUCUUGCGUUUGGAGUCAAAACUUUGAGCGGACCACGAGUACAGUCGGCCACGCAACGUAUGCCAAAGGCUACGGAGUCUGGCCUCAAAGCUGGAAACGACCAUCCUAUUGAACUACCCGCAGACGUUCCCCAAGAUCUACUUCACCAGGUCCCGGUCUCAGUGAACAACCGGCGGAGUAUGGCACUGGGUCGCAACCCCGAAAACUUCUCUGAGCAUCGGGCGUCCAGCAUUUACUACCCCAGUGCACUGGGGCAUUUGUGGAAGUCGCCUGGUGUGUCCUUACUGCUAACGCCGCAAUCUUCCCAAGUCAAAGGGACACCGGUGCUGGCCGUCAAUUCACAGGGUGUCGUGUCAGGACGAGAAACGGACUAUUUUUUCUCCCACGAGCAAAGUCCUUCAAUCGGCAGAAUCACACCAGAUAGCAAGCAUGACCAGCCGUUGGACUGGAGUUCUCCACGAACCAUUCAUAAUUCCGCUCGCGCUUCAAUUGUCGGAUCAACACCGGUGACUCGUCGAUCAUCAGGCCCUAACCUGGCUUUCACUUCGCACCCUGCUGUGAUGUCCAUGGCUUUGCCGCCGUCAGAGCUACCUGCCAAUACAGAACACGAGGAGCGCCCUGCAUCCGUCAGGUCAAAGGAAGGUUCAGAACCUUCCGUUCUAGGGGAGCCUGGGCCUGAAACAUCAGAAAACAUGACUACAGUGUCUUCGGCUCUGACUGAAGCCAAGGGAGUCGUCGGAGCCCCUUCGGCUGGAGAGUCUAUUCUUCCGGCACCCGCUGAAGAGACAACACCGGUCUUACAUGAGAAGGCUGAAAUGCCGCCACAGCUGGAAGCGACACCGACAGGGGAAAUAUCUGGGUCGUCGAGGGUGGAAGUCGUUCCAGCAGCAGCAGCAGCUCCAUUCGAAACAGCUACCUGCGUGGAUGAUGAAUGCAAUUUAGAGGCGAAUUCCGCCAAAAACACUCAAGAAGAAACCAGGGUCGAGACGAUGAACCCGAGAACGGGCGAUUUGAGCUCAACAACGCACUCCGUUGCUGAAUUAGUGGCAUCCAUACCGGAACCACAAACAGCACAGCCGGAGAAGGCGUCUGGCCCGGUGGAGUUGGAGGCCCCUUUCCAGCCUUUCAGGUUGCCUCCAAGGCUGGUCGAAGCAUCAGAAAAGACCGAAAAAGAUGCUCCACGGGCCAGCAUAACACAGUUGGAAGACUUCUUCAAGCUACCGAUCCAACAAGCGAUCGAGCCCGGGUUGAAACCGAAGGACUUUGGCAACUCUGACCACCCGCAGCUAGAUCGUCCCUUGAGGUUGAAACUCGCAAAGAAAAAUGGAAAAAUAGUCCCAGUCCAGGUUGAUGGUCCAGAAGGAUCUCAGCAGGGGGGUACCACAGGUUCUAAGCUUAAAAUAGACGUGGUUGCGAAUUUAAUCGAGACAAUGUCGCACACACCACCUGGAUCGCCCUCACAUUCACCAUCUUUCUCUCUUGGAUCGUCCAGCUCGGCACAAUCACCCUCACAUGGGUCGUCACAUUCCUGGGGCCCUCCAGGGCAAGCAGCAGCACCCCCUGGACCUGGAGGCCGCACUAUGGUCAACCCCGAUUUUGCAGAGGCUGGUCACUUUGAAGGAGAGAGAAAGCAGAAGAAAAAGGGCAAGGCUGGUAGCAAAAGCGGGUGGAAGAGUCUCUUCGGUGGAAAUGCGAAUGCAGCUCACAGCCCAAGUGCGUCAUCUGCUACGACCUCGGGGAAAGGUAAGACCAAAGGUCAGUCUAGCUCGGAGACUGCAACGGAUGCCGGUAUGAUCAAAGCGUCCGGGAACGAUUUGGUCUGGUUCCGUGGUGAUAUGAAGAAGGCACUGGGUGUGUCGUCGGCCUGA